UUGUCUGUUCCAGGUUUCCCACCGUACAGGACAUGCAGUCGAUAAGACUGGGCAGAGGUUGGCACAUGCCUGUCCCCGCAGGGUGAAAGUGGAACAGUUUGGUUGUUUGCAACAUUGUGCAGCUGUUACGGUCAUUUGUCUGGUGAAUUGUUACAUGUUUUCUGAUUUGAGUUUAUUUUCACUUGCAGGUGAUUCCAUCAAGGAUACUUUAAUUCUUGCCUUGAAGCUUGUUGGCCUGAUGUUGCCAUUGGUGAAUGUUCUGCUUCUGUUUUACUUGAUCUACAAGAAGCAGUUUUAUGGUGGGACAUUCUUCCAAACUUUCUUUAACCUGGUAUUCUUACUUGGCAUUUCUGUCAGCAAUUCGAUUCCAGGUUUUUACAGCAAGGACACUGUCACAUUUGCUGUGUCAAUCACAAUGGUGGUGUUGCUUGUAGUGGCUGUUAUUUCAUUUGUGAUUUUAUGGUGGAAAGAUUAUGAUACAUUUCAAAGAUGGAUGUCGGUCUAUAAUGUUGGUUUUCUCAAUGUCAUCGUCAUUGCUACAAUUUCCUGGAUGGCGUUUAAAGGCCUCAGACCAGAGGAUGUAGGAGUUGCCAUUACAUCGAUGGUGGGACUGGUGUUUUCUACAGCAUAUGCUAUUAUAUUCAUGUGCUGGUCAAGGAAAAAAUACCCAGACGACAAGCAGUGGUGGUGGCGCCUGAAUAUUUGUAACAUUGUGUCUCUUGUCUUCAUCCUCAUUGCCCUCAUUUGCUGGAUUGUGACUAAAGAUCAAAGCUGCACGACCAACAUUCCAAUCUGGAUCCUGUUCGCUCUAUUCGGGGUCACAGUUGUGAUAGCGUUGUCCAGAUUCUUUCCAGUUUGCGGAUCAUGGAGAAGUGCAGGAAUUACAAACUCUCAGCCCAGGUCACGAAGCUGAAGCUGAAAAUCAUCCGGUCAGUUAGAAGGGACACGGCAGCCUUCAGUUCCAGAGGUGACUGUAAGGGCAGGUUCUGUGUCCCUGCUGUAGACUGGAGCCUGGAAAAUCCUUCCCUCCAACAGUGGGAACAUGGUGCUCUGCAGCUGUAACUUGUCUCACCCUGAGUGAGAACAACACUGCACUCAUUUCAGCUCUCAGCUUCCGGUGAGAAAUUCAAUCCUUGAUAAUCUGGCAAAAUUCUCAUUGGGAUCAGAAUCAUUUUAAGGAACCAUGAAAGAGGAGCCCAGAGGGGCUCGGUCCACAAGACCUUAUGGGUUUGUCUCUGAUUUAGAUCUCUGGAAGGUGCAAUAACUACAUAAUAUGUGCUUCAGAAGACAGUCCUGACUGCAGUCUGGGACAUCAAACGCAGCUCCCACACACAGCUGAACUGCUUUGCCUGAUGAUGACAACCACAAUCAGGUUUAUUGUCACUGUGUUAUGAGAUGAAAUUUGUUGUUUUGUGACAAGAUCACUGCCUCUCAGAUUCCUUGCCUCGGGAUCAUUCAUUGCUGAUCUCUACCACAUCUCACACUUUACUCCUUGCUGCUGCAAUAAUCCCCAUUCAUUCACGCAUCGUUAACCCUGAGUAUAAUAAUGAGGCCGGCAUUAUCCAACUCAGAGUGACACAUCAGUGAUGAGCAUUUUCUUCACCAAUCUACAAACAUCCAACUAUUACUCCUGAGCCACUCUGAGAAGGGUCACAGAGUCACACAGCACAGAAACAGGCCCUUCGGCCCACCAAGUCCAUGCUGACCUUGUUGCCCAUCUGCACUGAUCACAUUUGCAAUCAUUGUGGAAUCUACAUCAAAUUUGGCAUUUUCCUGUCCAGAUUGUCUGCUGUUAGUCAAACUGAGGACAGUGUGUAGACUCCACCCCACCUUUGUGUUGUUGUAUCAGACUAAACCAGUGAAUCCAAGCACAGAAGUACUUUCCACUUUGUACAAGUAUUAAAACUGCUCUGGCUGUUACACUGAUGCUGUCAUCCGAAAUCCCAUAAAGAUUGUGAUUUUCCCCAGUACCAAUACCAGGUACAGCAUUUCCUCACAAAGUCCCUCCCAUUUCUGUACAGUGAGCAGUGAAACUGCAAUAAAUCUCUAUGAGUUUGAAUGUUGUAUUGGAGGGUGAUUUUGGGAUAUUUUAAUCCUAUACUGUUUGUACAUGUGUGCAUUUGUAUUUUAAACAUGUUACCUGGAAGCCUCUUUAUGAUCAUUGUUGAUUAAAUAAACCACUUCUGUUUUGCUGUUGGUGAUAAUUC